GGGAAACUGUGUAGUCGCUGGCCUCUGUUCAGUGGCAUUGUUCGUGCCAGGUUCUCUGCGGUUUUUUCACAGGCAGCCGGUUUGGGCAGAGGCGGUCUAAUCAUCUAUGUAGGUUGGAUGAUUUGUGAAGAUGUCUAAAGAAAAGGAAAAACAUUUUCAGGAUCGCUUAAAGAAGUUCUUCAAGCAAAAUCGUGAUGGAGGCGGCUACAGCCAAUACCUCAGUCAACCAUUUGAAUACACGCCGGAGCUGCGGCAGAGUCUCCGCCCCGACUCGGCCCCUGGUGCCCGGGUCCGUGUCCUGCAGGAGCUGGUGGAACGGGUGAAGCGGCUGCGGCUGGACGACCUGCAGCUGGUGACGCUGCUCUCGGACGUGCAAGACCUGCUGCACCCUUCCACGGCGCGCGACCUGCGCCACGCCGUGUUCGCCGCGCUUGUCAGCCUUGUCAACAGCCAGCUGGAACACAUGACGGCCGCCCGCGAGGAGCUGCUGGACAUGGUGGCGCGGCACAACGUGCCGGACGACUUUGAGAUCCGGGUGCGGAUGCUGUCGGCGCUGACGGAGGACGGUCGCAACCUGACCUACAUCGAGGAGGCGGUGCCGCCGCUGCUGCUGCAGCUACUGCCAGAGGCGCUGCAGCUGCCGGCCGGCGCCGGCGGCCAGACGGCGCUGCUCCGCCUCCUGCAGAACUGCGUCAAGUUCAAUGCCGCCUACGUGGAGUCCGAGCACGUGCAGCAGGUGGUGGAGCUGAUCUACACGCGCGCCACGGCCCAGCCGGGCGGCGUCGACACGUCCGCCUGCCUGGCGCUGUUCGACGUGAUCCUGUGCUACAGUGACCUGCCGCGCGCCGCGCUGGUGCGGCUGGCGGCGCUGCUGGCGCGGCUCGUCUGCCAGCCGCACCACGCGCGCCCCGCCUGGCGUCUCAUGCGCAACCUGCUCGGCACCAGCAUGGGUCACGUCACACUGCAGGUGCUCACGGAGCUGCUGAUGAACCGCGCCAACGCCAGGGACCCGGCCCUGCUCAAGGGCUGCAUCUUCUUCGGCUCGAUGGCGCUGUGGGGCGGCGAUCAGCGCGGCGGCGAGCUGCUGCCGCACGCCUGGGACCUGCUGCUCGACCUGGUGGACCGACUGUACACGGAGCUGGAGCGGUGCGCCGCCGACCGGCCCGAGGCCGGCGUGGUGGCCGCCGUGCACCGGGCGGCUGAUCACCUGCUCACGUACAGGUACACCUGGCUGUCGGAGCUGCGCGAGCUAGUGACCCGCUACUACGACCAGGAUGGUCGGACGUCCGUGCGGCUGGCCGUCUGUGACGUGCUGCAGCGCGUCUGGGACGGCUUCCGGCGGCUGGAGGCCACGCCGCUGCUGGAGACGGUGCUGCUGCCGGCCGCCGCCGCGCUGCCCGCCGAGCCGGACGCCGCCGUGCGCGCGCGCAUGGUGUGCCUGUUGGUGCGCGUGGCUGCCUCGUGUCGCUCGCCGCACUGCCUGGACGUGCUGGCGCUGUUGGAGCGCGUGCUGACAGCGCCGCUGGAGGCUGGCCGGCCGCUGGAGCUGGAGGCGGCACCGGCAUUGGAGGCGGCCGCCGCCGGCCUGGCCGAGGUGUUGGAGCGACACCUGACGGCGCUGCCGUCGUCGUUGGCGGUGAAGACCUACCGGGUGAUGGUGGACCACCUGCAUCGGCACUACGCAGCGCCGGACGUGCUGUCGGCGGUGCCGGCAGUGCGCACGCCGCUCCUGCUCUGCCUGCUCAGCCUGCGGGUGGACGCUCAGUGCCGUAUCGGCCUGCCGGACCGGACGAGCGGCGCGUUGCGGUUCAGCCAGCACCUGCUGGCCGAGCAGCGGCACGCCGAGCCGGCGCCGACCGUGACGCGGCUCAGCCUGACGCCGCUGCGGCUGGCCGUGAUCGCCGCGCUCGGUCACGAGCGCCACUACGACCUGCUGUCGACGCUGCUGCUGCGCGUGCCGCGCCUGCUGGAGAACAAGGCGCUGGUGCUGAGUGAGCAAGGCGGCGACGUCGACUACUUCGCGCAGGCCAUGUGCCAACUGUCGGCAGACAUCACGCCGGUGCUCUGCGGCAGGCUCACCCACCUGCCCGACACGUUCAAGACGUCCGACCUGCAGUCGCUAGUGUACCCGAUCCUGGUGUCGCUCACGUCCUACCACAACAACAUGAGCAUGCCGAUGCACCGGCGGCUGAUCGGCAGUCUGGAGAGCGGCCUGCGGUCGCGGUGCGCGCCGCAGUGCAUGGCGGCGCUCACCGUCUGCGCACUGGGCAUGCGCGAGGCCAUGGCCAAGCUGAUACACGAUGUGCUUAUCAGCAUGUCCAGACUCUCGUCCACCGUGGCCAUGGGCAACUCCGUGUUGGAGUUCCUCUCCACGCUCAUACGCAUCCCGAAGGUGUACUCGCGCUUCAACGAGGAGCAGUACAUGUCCAUCUUCGCCAUCGUGCUGCCGUACACCAACCCGGCCAAGUUCAACCACUACAUCGUGUCGCUGGCACACCACGUCAUCGCCAUGUGGUUCCUUAAGUGCAAGGUCAAGUACCGGCGCUGCUUCGUCAAGUACAUCAUCAAGGGGCUGAAGACCAACUUCAGCAACAUCCAGGCCAUCUGGCGUCAGCAGCAGGCGCUGGGAUCGCAGCAGACGGCCGAGGGCGCGGCAGUCAACGAGGACUCGAGCAACAGGCGCAGGUCGUCCAGCCUCUCUGACCGGGCCAGCCAGGCGCGCGGCCGCGACGGCCGUACCUUCUCGCUGUCGCGGCGUGCCCAGGAGACGCCGGCCGACCCGGGCCUGCGGCGCGGCUCCCUGCUGCCCGGGCCGGCCCCGGCGCCGCCGCCGCCGCCGCCGCCGGCGGCGCCCAUCAGCGUCACGCGCGAGCUCAUCAAGUUCCACCGCGAGCUGACGGAGACGUGUGUCGACCUGAUGGCCCGCUACACGGGCGCCAACUACGCGGUGCUGCCGGAGCGCACGGCCGUCAUGGAGCUGCUGCUGGCGCGCGGCCUCAGUAACACGUGGGUCGUGGGCAACAAGCUGGUGACGGUGACAGUCGGCGGCUGCGGCGGCACCGUGUUCCGGCGCGGCCUCUGCGAGAAGUGCUACCACCUCUGCUGGUGUCAGGGCUGGGCCGAGAUCCUGGUGCGCCGGCCGUCCGGCAACAUGGCGUGGAUGACGCGGCUGGAGAAUCGGCAGCUGGUGAGCUCCGACGAUCUGCCGGCGCCAGACCUGCUGACGCUGAUCGCGCCUGGCACGUCCGACCAGACGGUGGAGCGCCUGCUCCGGCAGGCGGAGCCGGCGGCCGCUGGCAGCCCACCGCCCCAGGCGACCGUCGGCUCGCCACCGCCGCCAGCGCCGGCGCCGGCGCCGCCCGAGAUCAACAUCAUUCAAGAGGACGCGCCGCCGCGCCGCCCGCUCUCGCGCACGCGCAGUGGCGAGACGCGCCGGCAUAGCCUUUUCAAGUCAAUCUCGGGCGGUCAGAUGCCGCCGGUGUCGCCUCGCCAGGGCCGCGACCGCAGUCACACCAUCUCGGUGAUGUCUCCGACGCGUCGCGCGCCGGCGCCGGACCCACUGGCCGAUGACGCGCGGAUCGGCCUGCUGCCGGAGCAGGUGCUGCUCCAGCUCUUCCACAGCUCCGAGGUAGAGGCGGAGGAGGACACAUGCGCGGAACAGAGCCAGUCGGAACCGCACGAGUCCGACAUCAUGCUGAUGGAGAACGGGCCGGACACGGAGCGCACACUGGCCGUGUUCGACCGCAUCACGCCAAUGGAGACGCAUAAGAUCGGCGUGCUGUACGUGGCCGCGGGCCAGGCGGCCGACGAGGCGGCGAUCCUGCGCAACCAGUGCGGCUCGGCCCGCUACAAUCAGUUCCUCCAGGGCCUGGGUCGGCUGGUGGAGCUGACCGAGGCCCAGCCGGACAAGACGUUCCUGGCCGGCCUGGACCGGACCGGCUCCGACGGCCGGUUCGCCAUCAUGUGGGAAGACGACCUGAUGCAGGUGCUGUUCCACGUGGCCACCAUGAUGCCGACCGUGGACGAGCGGUGCAAUAACAAGAAGAUGCACAUCGGCAACGACUUCGUGCUGAUCGUGUACAACGAGUCGGGGCAGGAGUUCAACAUCACCACCAUCCGCGCCCAGUUCUGCUACGCCGGUGUGGUGGUCGAGCCGCUCGACCACGGCACAAACCGCAUUGUCAUCCGCACCAAGGGCAAGCUGCAGGAGCUGUUCGGGCACACGGAGGUGACGCUCGUUUCGGACCAAAACCUGGCCGUCAUGGCGCGCCAGCUAGCGCUGCACGCCAACCUGGCCUCGCUGAUCCAGCAGCGCGGCGUGGCCGGGCCCGACCCGUACGCCUCCAACUGGCUGGAGCGGCUGCGCCACAUCAAGCGCGUGCGCCGGCGCGUGGCCGACCGUUGCGCCGUGGCCGGCGAGCCCGCUGUCUGA